AUGCCGCCACCCCUCCUCAUCGGCUUUACCCGCAGCUGGCCGAUCCUCCUCCAAGCCGUCGUCAGCUACAUCACGGCCGGCUGGCCGCCCUCGCAAAUCUACGUCGUCGAAAACACCGGCGCGCAACAGGCCAACGCGCGCGGCCAGCUGACCCUGCAAAACCCGCUCUUCCUCAACCACACCAUCCUCACCACCCUCGGCGUCAACAUCCUCCAAACCCCCACCCUCCUCAGCUUCGCCCAGCUCCAAAACUUCUUCCUCGCCCAGACCUACACCCACAACUGGCCCUACUUCUUCUGGAGCCACAUGGACGUGCUAGCGCUAUCCUUCGAGGACGGCCUCGAGGGGGACGGACUGACACCGCGCUACGACCAGCCAGGCUACCGCUCGCUGUACGAGCUAGCGCUGGCGGCGCUGCGGACGGCGCGGGAGGAGGCGGCGGCGGAAGGGGCCGAUGAGAGGAAGCGGAAGUGGGCGUUGAGGUUUUUUUCGUACGAUCAUCUGACGCUGGUCAAUCCGGCGGCGUAUGAGGAUGUUGGGGGGUGGGAUACAAUGAUUCCGUAUUAUAUGACGGAUUGUGAUAUGCAUGCGCGGUUGGCGAUGCGGGGGUGGGGGAUUGAGGAUGCGAAGGCCGGGGUGAUUACGGAUGUGGCGUCGACGCUGGAGGAUUUAAGUGCGUUGUAUCGCGUGGAGGGCGCGUCGGUUGGGUUUGUGGAUCCGAAUCCGCCGCCGCCGCCGCCGAAGAAGGGGGAGGGGGAGGGGAAGGCAGGGGAGAAGGGGAAGGGGGAGAAAUUGAAGAGGGAUGGUUUACCGGUGGAGGAUGGGGGGGAAGAGGACGACCUGAAUCUCGCAAAGUGGCAUGCUUUACGGGAAACAGCCCACCGGAUGUUUGACCACAAGCACGGCGACCGCGAGCGCAACACAUGGCAGCUCGGCCAGCACGGCGGCGAAGGCGAGCCUUUUUACUACCACCCUGCCGGUCUUGCCGAGGCGCUCGACCUGCUCACUGAGACUGGGAGAGAGGUGUUUCGGCGGAAAUGGGGGCACCGGGACUGCGCCUUGAUAUCGGCCGCUGGUCGGACAUUUGAGGAUGCGUGGAAGGUGGAGAAGGAUUGGUAA